CCUUUAUAAAUUAUAAGUAUUAUUAUCGAUACUGGUAUCAGCCAUACUGGCCCUGUAUUUGCUUGGUUACAGAUCGAUAGUAUCAUCACAGCGGCGGCAGCAGCGGAUAAUUUCCGGAAUAUUCACAGAAGAGACUCCGUUAGUGCAGCUACUUCCGCCUUUAGCCGCCUCUCCUCACACUGAGAAAUGACAGCAACGUUGCGCCCGUAUCUCAACGCUGUGCGUGCCACACUGCAGGCCGCCCUCUGCCUGGAGAAUUUCUCCUCACAAGUGGUGGAGAGACACAACAAGCCAGAAGUGGAAGUGAGGAGCAGUAAAGAGUUGCUCCUCCAGCCUGUAAUCAUCAGCCGUAAUGACAAGGAGAAGGUUUUGAUCGAAGGCUCCAUCAACUCUGUCAGAGUCAGCAUCGCUGUCAAGCAGGCCGAUGAGAUUGAGAAGAUUCUGUGCCACAAGUUCAUGCGCUUCAUGAUGAUGAGAGCAGAGAACUUCUUCAUCCUGAGGAGGAAACCAGUGGAGGGCUAUGACAUCAGCUUUCUCAUCACCAAUUUCCACACAGAACAGAUGUACAAGCAUAAGCUAGUGGACUUUGUCAUUCAUUUCAUGGAGGAAAUUGACAAGGAGAUUAGUGAAAUGAAGCUGUCUGUCAACGCCAGGGCUCGCAUCGUCGCUGAGGAGUUCCUCAAAAAUUUCUGAGACCGAAGAAACUCGGAAAAAUGCAUUCUUUUUGCAAUCUUGGCCGUCACUGUGGAGCGUUCACAUCAGAGGAGACAAACUAUGAUCAGCCAAUAAAAGCUGAGCUACAUAAGACGUACAGUAAUGAUGUACAGGCCAAUGAGCUUUUAGCCUUUAAACUUUAAUUCCCUCUGUGCUCAGAAAUGUUGGUGGUUGUACAUAAUGAAGAUUUACGUGUGAAACAUUCAUUUCUGCCUUGAAUAUAACGAGUCAGGGCAGGUCCUUAAAAAGAGUUAUCAAUAUUCAUGAGCACAGGCUAAUAUGGAUCUUUUUUUUUUUUCAGAUAAUUUAAUUUUUUUAAAUAUAUAGACGAUAUAUAUACUAUAUGCAUAUUAAUUUCCUGUUUUGUUACAGACUUCAACCCAUGAAUGCAAUCAAUUGGAUAAUGAUUCUUGCUGUAGUUCACAAGUACACAGACGAGUCUGUCGUCGAUGAAACAAGAAUACAUUUGCUGGCAAUGAAGACGAAUAAAAAACCCCAGUCUGCUUUGUA